AUGCAGCCUUCCAUUUUCCUCAUUGCUUUCGCAGCUGUUGCAGCAGCCACAACCGCCUCCACUGAAGCAUCAACCGCUACCUCCAUUGCCAGCCCAUCCUCCACUGGUACCUUCUCCAACGGUACCACCUCGACCAACGGCACUACCACACACUCCCCAUCUACCACUGACGCCGCGGCUGCCUCGACUAGCAAGGCUGCCGGUUCCGUCAACUUCGUUUCAGGAGGUGCCUUUGCCGCUGCCGCUGCAGGCAUGGUCUACCUCUUGUAA